GUUUGCCUAUUAGAGUUUGAUUAGAAUUAGAAGGAGCAGCGUCAGGAAUAUUUUACGAAAAGUGAACUUAUCAGAAAUGGCAACCCCUAUCAACUUAAGUGAGAGUGAAUCUCAAUUUUUUCAAGAUCUAGUUCCACCAGAAUCAUUUAAUAUAAAAAAAAUACAAAUGGAAGAAUUCACUAAAAGGCAUUCACUGCUAAAGAAUCGAGUUGUUUUAAUUACAGUGAGUGUAGGACCUAACUCUAACUCUAACUAAAAUAGGAAAAAUGUAUGCUAUCCACCCCACCCUACCCCCUUUUUCUCUGCGUGUUGGGUCCUUUUUUUUGUUGUUUUUUGACAUGGGCGCCAUCUUUGUUGUCAUGGCAGCAUGUAGUACACAGUGGAAAAAAAUGGGGAAGGAAAAGGGAUAUUGUGUAACAGUACUUCAGACAACAAAAUUAGAAUUAGAGCUUCAUUUUUUCUAUGGUGAAUGUAGAAACUUUUUUGUAUUGUAUUCCUCUAGAUAUGCGGCUAGAAGCGUCAAUGAUGUGCGAUCACCUUUCAUAAGUAAUUUCAUCUAUCCAUCCCUGUGGAACUACAGCCCAUGUAUGGCUUUGGCCUGCCUCACCACCACAUCCUUCCACUUAGACAUAACUGAUGCUUUUCAUUUCCAUGCUUUUCAUUUCCAUGCUCAUUGCUUGGAUUCCCAGCUGCUUUAGAUCUUUUUCCACAUCCUCCAUCCAUCUAAUAUCUAAGCCUAGGUCUGCCUUUGAGCCGUUUUCAUCUGGGGUUUUGGUGGUUCACCCUCUUUACUCCUCUGUUAUUUGGCAUUCUUUCUAAGUGUCCCGCCCAGUGUAGCCUGCCCUUUUUAUUUCUGCUAUCAACGUGAAAUCCUUAUACAGACAUACAAUUUUAGCCGCUACAUUAAUUUCGUGGCGAACGUGACAACCUUUAUUGUAUCCCUCCAGAUAUGUGGCAAGAAGUCUUAAUGAUCAGCUGUCGCUUUCUUCCAUCAAGUAUCAUUUAAAAGUGUGUGCAACAGCCACACACUGUGGUGAAAAAAGCAUAAAAAUAAAGAAAAAUGAUAAAAUAUAUUUUUGAAAUACCGGUAUCCAAAAUAAUGAAAACUCAACUUACAGUUUAAUUGAUUAACUUUUAUAAACUAAAGUUUAUUACAGGUUUCACCAAAAAUAAAAUUCACAAGAUGUCAGAAAAGUCCAAAUCCAUUUUUACAUGGCACCAGAAAAUAGCCUCAUUUUGAAAUAUUAUAAUUAACCACGCUAUGAAAUAUUAGUUUUUUAAAAAGUCAUCAAUCAAAAAAUUUCAUCAGCAUAUUAAUAAAAAAAAGUGAACAGUUUUCUCUAUCAACAAUUCACGACUAAGGGGAGUUCCCUCAUCCACAGAAACUCUGGGGAGAACUGUAAAGUUGACCAGACAUAGUAGCAUAAUUUGUGAGCAUGUAGGAAGUGGGUCUGCAGGUGCAGUCAGCCUCAGGCAGUACAUUUUUACCUUAUAUUGACAUGCAGCACUUUUGGCCCACUACAUAAUUACUGGCCGAAUUACUUAUAUUUGGUUAGCAUUAUUACUUUUCUGGGAAACUUAGAUUUUUGGUUACUUUUGGAAGCCACUUGGGUUUCACUGAUUUGCUAUUUGCCUGUGAUAAUCAGCAGCUGAUUAAUUAUUAUGUUUUAGCUUUAAAUAAUGAAAUUGUUAUAAAUUUUAGGUAAUACAUUAUACUAUUUGAUAGAGCUCGUAUUUGGGCUACUGGGACUGGGAGUAAAGGUUAAACAUCAUUAUGCAAUAACUGCAUCAGGAAAAAGAAGCGAGCGCUACUCUUCACCCAAACAUUUUAACCUUGAUGUCAAUUGUGCCCGCCUCUGCAAAGUUACUUUGAAUCAGCCCGUUACAUGGCUAGAAAUAUGCCUUUGAGCACGGUUUCUAAAACUUUUCUGUAGUAUGCACCCCAUACAGAUCAUUUGACUAAUCUCUCACUCUCUAAAAAAAGGUAACUAUGCAUUUUAAAAUUGGAAACAAAAUGGACUUUUAAUUUUCUUAUUAAAAUUAAAAGAGAUCUGUAAAUCUUAUAAAAUAAACCCGUGACUUAUUAAACAAACUUAAAUGUAAAUGAAGAAAUUUAAAAAGUAAUUAAAUAUAUAUAUAUAUCAUAACUUAAAAGUUAAUGGCUUCUCUGUUCUUAAAAUCAGGUUUCCUCGCACCCCUAGAAAUGUCAUCCCUCUGAUUGGGAAACUCAGAUCUAUCACUCAAUGAAAAAGUUGUGUGCCCAGGAAAUCUGCCCCAUUGUACAAGAUAAUAUUUUAAAAAAAAUCUAAAUUAGUUAUUAUAACUAGCGGAAGCUGUCGUUGCUCCACUCCCCUACUGGCUAUGUUACUGGUACAUACAUUUCUAAUAUUUUAAUUACAUACACGGGACAUGGGAAAGUAGCCAUAAUACAAGCAUUUCUUAUUUUAUGUAAUAUCUGGGCUCACCAGCAUCCCCAUUACAAAAAAAUAAAAAUAAUAUAAUCUAUUUUAGUUUUAGUCACUAUAGCCCAAAUAAUGUAUCCAGCUAAUAUUGUUAAAAAUCUAACCUUGUGGUAAAAAAGAAAACAGUGUAUUGUGCUAGUGUAGGUUUAACCAACCAAAACCACCAGAGGAGUUUGUUCCAUUUUUGAAGUCUUGACAGCUCAGGAAAAUAAAAUCUGCCCUGAUAGUGUAAACACUGAUGAAGUUACAGAAUUGGCAUACAAAUAUAGACAGUGAAUUUUGGGUGGGGGUGGGAUGAAUCAUAGUGCGCUUAGACUUUGACAUAUGCGAUUUGGUAACAAUUUGAUGAACAAUAUUUUAUUAUCAUUAUGUAGUUAUACAACUAAUAAGCAUUUUAGUAGCUGAUUAAUCUUUCAAAAAAGAAGAUUACAACAAAUUGGCAAAAUGGCUGAAUUGGAUCAAUUAACAAUUAUCUGGUCAACACUAGAAGCAAAUAAAUUGGCCAAAAACAAUGCCAUCUAAAUGUGUCCUAAUAAAAACCACACUGCUUAUUAAGCUUCUUAUUUUUAAAUAUCACUAUUAUUAUCUUAAAAAACUUUUUAUAUGACUUUUGCAAGUCAGGUGGAACUACAGUACCACUUGAGAGUAGAACUGUUCGCUUUAUUGACAACUUCAGCAUUGGUACAAGAGGUGCAACCUCAGCAGAGUAUCCUUUAUGUCUUCUAUGCAUCACAAAAGUCCAGGACCUGAUAAUCAACAACUUAUGUAAAAUUUAAAAAAAAAUUAACAGAGGUACCUCUUUUUCCCUAACUGGUGUGACAGAUAUUUUCUAAAACAGGGCUAUGCAGUUUUGUUUCUCCAUCGUCAUAGAUCUCUUCAACCAUUUUUUCAGAGGGUUGAGAAAAACAUUUUGGAUAUUUUGUCAGUCUCUGAAAAUGACCCAACUGUUAUAACUGGUGAGAUUUCUUAGUUCUUCUAUUUAUAAACCAGUUGUUAAUGCUAAUGUUUUUUAUUAAACAUUUUUAAAAAAGUUCUAUUUCAUUUGUUGGCAUUGAUAUAUAGUUAAUCCUUUUUGAUUUUUUUUUAAAUGAUACUUAUAAUGUCAUCCAUUAGGAUUAAAUUUCCCAAAAUUUCAUUAAAUUUAUUUUGAAAUAGACAUAUAUUCAAUGUGAGUCUUGUGUUUCUACUUAGAUUUCUCAUUUUCAAUAAAUUUCCUAAAAAAUUUCAAGAUAAGUUUUACUUUCCGAACUAUUUCUCAGACCACAAUUUUAAAAAAUUUAAUUUGUCAAAACCAUUUCUUCUAUGACAUUUUAUUUUAAUAUAUAUAUAUACAUAUAUAUAUGUGAUAAUAUUAUACAAUACUGGACAACUCUUAGACAGCUUUAUAUGUUUCCUGACUUGUAUCACAGGUAACAAAAUUUUAAAAAAAUAUUUACUUCAUAUUUAUUUUUGAUAUAAAACUGAUUUUUACUUAUUUUUAAGUUUCGUAAAUAAAAUUUUUUCUUAUAUUUCCUAGUAAGUCCAAGUUUAGCCAAGAGUUUGGCCCCUGUUGUCAAAGAUUACCACAAAUACAAAAAUGAAGGCAUGCUCUCUAUGGUAGAGUUCACAACCCUUACUGAAUAUCUCAUUCUGUUGCGGGCAGCCAGUGAAGCCAUGCAGGCCUGUGGAAGAGAGGGGAUGGUAUACCUUGCAGCGGCUGUGGCUGAUUUUUAUGUUCCAAGAGGGUUAAUGGUAAUGAAACUAUUCUAAUUCUAUUAAUAAUAAUUUUGGUUGUUAAAAUAAUUUUUCGAUACACUUUUAUGAACCUCAAUUGUAUUAGGUGACGUCUGGCCACAGUUUAUGAGCUUGUGUAAUGGACAGUAGUCAAAUGGAAGACUUGCAGUUGAGUUUUGUGUCAUUUUUCAAUUACAGCCUGAGCACAAGAUUCAAUCAUCAGAAGGAGCAUUAAAGUUGACUUUAGAGAUGACUCCAAAAAUGCUAAAACCCUUAGUAAAAGAGUGGUCGCCUAAUGCUUUUGUUAUAUCAUUCAAGGUAAUAAUAAUUUUGUGUGUGUGUGCGCAUCUAAUGAACAACUCUUUUGCCUAAAACUUAUUUGUUAGUUAUAGCAUAAUAUAUUAAUAAUAGGUUAAAAUAAGCAACAAAUGAACUUUUCACUUUUUAUUUAUUUUUUUGUUAGAAUUCUUUCGACUUGAAAUAUUUACAUAUGGUAAUACUAUUUAAGAUAAAUACUUUUUUUUUUUUUGCUGAUUAAUUCUAUAAACUUUAAUUAACACCAAGAUUUCUUUUUAAAUAUUGGCUGCAGUUACAUUAUAUCUGGAAACUGACACCAAAUCCAUAGUAUUAUCACAAAUAACUAAAAUAUGUUGGCUAAUGGAGGCUUUGACACUAAAUGAGAACAGAGCAUGACAUUUAAACAAGUGUGGUCUGUAAUAUAAAUGGAAUGCAAAUAUUAAGUAAUUAAUUUUUUAUCAAAUUCCUUACACAUUUUUAAAUAUUUCUUCACAGCUGGAAACAGAUCAAUCAUUAUUAAUAGAAAAAUCAAGGAAUGCUUUGCUAGUCUAUCAACACCAGGUAAUCUAUACUUUUGAGAUGUCUAUACAUAAGUUUCAGCAGCCCUAAACAAUCAAAUGUUCUUUGCCUGGAGUAAAAGAUGUAAAAUUAAAUCCAUUAUUAUAUUUUAUUCAAAUAUCAAAGAUUGUUUAAACAUUUAAUUGUGCUAAAUAUUUUCAAAAUAAUUAAUUUAAAAAAAAACAUUUAUGCUUUAUUUCAUUUUGUGCAGAUGGUCAUAGCAAACAUAUUAGAGACAAGAAAAAAAGAAGUAUUUAUCGUUACCAUGGAUGCUGAGGAAAUACUACGCCUUAGUGAUGAAGAAUUGGCAGCUGGGAGAGAAAUUGAGGAACCCUUGAUUGAUAAGUUGGUAGAACAUCACACAACCCUCCUCCUGUCCUAGAAAAUGUAUCAAGUCUUUCCUGGUAGAACAAGCUUGUUUGUUUUAUUAUUGUCACAUUUUACAAAUAUAUGUAAACAAAUAAUUGUGGAACAUAGUUGAAAAAAUAUAUUUAAAAAAAAGACAAGCUCAUAACCUCUGUGAUUUCUGUUUACUUAAAUAGCAUGGAAAGAAAUACUUUAUAAACAAUCAUUUAAAUGUUUCUUUUUUUUUUAAAAAAAUAGAACCAUGUUGAUCAUUGAUAUUGAUCUUAACUUGAAAAUACAAGAGUCAAAUUUUAUUUCAAACCAACACUCAUUGCGAACGCAGUUAAUUGCUGGAUCUUAAGGGACAUAGUUGGAGGACAUAAAUGGAAGAAAA